UCCCGGAGAGAGCGCCGGUGGCGGGGCCCGCAGCCGAGCAGCCGCAGGUGGGGCUUGGAGCACUGGCGUUGGGACCGAGCCCGGGAGCCCCGGAGGCCCCGAUAACCCCGGGUAACCCGCGCGGGGAGCGCCCAGGAUGCCCCGCGGGGACUCGGAGCAGGUGCGCUACUGCGCGCGCGUCUCCUACCUUUGGCUCAAGUUCUCACUCAUUAUCUACUCCACGGUGUUUUGGCUGAUUGGGGCCCUGGUGCUGUCCGUGGGGAUCUAUGCAGAGGUGGAAAGGCAGAAAUACAAAACCCUCGAAAGUGCCUUUCUGGCCCCGGCCAUCAUCCUUAUCCUCCUGGGGGUCGUCAUGUUCAUCGUGUCCUUCAUUGGCGUGCUGGCUUCCCUGCGGGACAACCUGUGCCUUCUCCAGGUGUUUAUGUACAUCCUCGGGAUCUGCCUCAUAAUGGAGCUCAUUGGUGGCGUGGUGGCCUUGAUCUUCCGGAACCAGACCAUCGACUUUCUGAACGACAACAUUCGGAGAGGGAUCGAGAACUACUAUGACGACCUGGACUUCAAAAACAUCAUGGACUUCGUUCAGAAGAAGUUCAAGUGCUGUGGCGGGGAAGACUACCGCGACUGGAGCAAAAACCAGUACCACGACUGCAGCGCCCCUGGACCCCUGGCCUGCGGGGUGCCCUACACCUGCUGCAUCAGGAACACGACAGAAGUUGUGAACACCAUGUGUGGCUACAAAACUAUCGACAAGGAGCGCCUGAGCGUGCAGAACGUCAUCUACGUGCGGGGCUGCACCAACGCCGUGCUCAUCUGGUUCAUGGACAACUACACCAUCAUGGCCGGCGUCCUGCUGGGCAUCCUGCUCCCCCAGUUCCUGGGGGUGCUGCUGACACUGCUGUACAUCACCCGGGUGGAGGACAUCAUCACUGAGCACUCUGUCACCGACGGGCUCCUGGGCCCUGGCGCCAAGGCCAGCGUGGAGGCGGCAGGCACGGGAUGCUGCCUGUGCUAUCCCGAUUAGGGAGCCCUGGGACGGCGGCUCCACCAGGACCGUGCCGGAAAGCACCUCUGAGUCCACACUGUGGGGUGGACAGGACUGCGGCCCCUCUGCCACACUCGGCACUGACUGAAGCCCGGGCUGUGUGUGCCUGCCCGUGGUGUCCCUCCGCCACCACCUCCCCCAGGAGGCUUCCCUGCAGCCUGGGGAACAAAGGCGCCCCUUCUCCAGGCCUGGGCCCAGGGGCAAUGGGGAGCUCAGGGCUCAGCCCAGCUUGGGGCCCAUUUCGUUUC